CUGCACUACGGGACCCUCCUGGGCAGCAGAGCUUGUGUCCACAUGGCAGCAGCUGCCUGGGCCACUGGGUUUCUCAAUGCUCUGCUGCACACGGCCAAUACAUUUUCACUGCCCCUGUGCAAGGGCAAUGUCCUGGGCCAGUUCUUCUGUGAAAUCCCCCACAUCCUCAAGCUCUCCUGCUCACACUCCCACCUCAGGGAACUUGGGCUCCUUGUGGUCAGUGCCUGUUUAUUUUUUACGUGUUUCAUUUUUAUUGUGGUGUCCUAUGUGCAGAUCUUGAGGGCCGUGCUGAGGAUCCCCUCUGAGCAGGGACGGCACAAAGCCUUUUCCACCUGCCUCCCUCACCUGGCCGUGGUCUCCCUGUUUGUCAGCACUGGUGCAUUUGCCUACCUGAAGCCCCCAUCCAUCUGUUCUCCUUCCCUGGACCUGGUGGUGUCAGUUCUGUACUCGGUGGUGCCUCCAGCAGUGAACCCCCUCAUCUACAGCAUGAGGAACCAGGAGCUCAAGGAUGCCCUGUGCAAACUCAUAUCCCUCUGUUUUCUGAAGCAAUAAACUGGCCAUCUUCUUC